AGGUUAGGCAGCCGGCAUGGCGCUCCGGUCAAUAAAAUCGAUAGCUGGAAGCUGUCUGUGUUUCAGGCAAAGGCGGUGCAGUAGCGGCGCCGCCAUUUUCCCCGAAGGCAUCUUCCGGUGCCUUUCACCCAAGUUCGGGCAGGAGUUUCCUGAAUAACAGCGAAAGGUUUCCGUUAGCCCCGCCGGCGGCCGAUUCCUGUUCCCUCCUGGUCUCCCCAGGCACGCUCCGCCCGGGUCCGGCUUGGGUUCCCAAAUCCCGGGGCCCGCCAGCGGCCAAGGCCGGGACCGGGAAAGCCGUGGCGCCGGCUAGUCGGGUCCAAUGGCACGGCCUUCGGCUCCGCUCCCCGCGCGGGGACCAGGAGAGGCCGGACCCGGCCGGAGAAGGGGAAGGAGGCCGAGGGCGGUGAAGUUCGGGGACGUGGCCUUGUACUUCUCCCCGGAGGAGUGGGAGUGUCUGCGGCCCGCGCAGAGGGCCUUGUACCGGGACGUGAUGCAGGAGACCUACGGCCACCUGGGCGCGCUCGGGUGCGCAGGUCCCAAACCAGCCCUCAUCUCCUGGUUGGAACGAAAUACCGAUGAUUGGGAACCGGCUGCUCUGGAUCCACAGGAGUGUCCAAGGCGGGUAACAGUCCAAAGAAAAACCAGAACUAGAAAGAAGAAUGAAGAGAAGGAAGUAUUCCCGCCUAAGGAGGCACCCCGAAAGGGGAAGCGAGGCCGCCGGCCCAGCAAACCCCGCCUCAUCCCCAGGCAGACAUCCGGAGGUCCCAUCUGCCCGGACUGUGGCUGUACCUUUCCCGAUCACCCGGCCCUGCAGAGCCACAAGUGUGCCCAGAAUCUGAAAAAGCCUUACCCUUGCCCAGACUGUGGGCGCCGCUUUUCCUACCCGUCCCUGCUGGUCAGUCACCGGCGGGCACACUCUGGGGAGUGUCCCUACGUUUGUGACCAGUGUGGCAAGCGGUUCUCCCAGCGCAAGAACCUCUCCCAGCACCAGGUUAUCCACACAGGCGAGAAGCCCUACCAUUGUCCUGACUGUGGCCGCUGCUUCCGGAGGAGCAGGUCCUUGGCCAAUCACCGGACCACACACACGGGUGAAAAACCCCACCAGUGCCCCAGCUGCGGGCGUCGCUUCGCCUACCCCUCCCUGCUCGCCAUCCACCAGCGCACGCACACCGGAGAGAAGCCCUACACCUGCCUGGAAUGCAACCGGCGCUUCCGCCAGCGCACCGCCCUGGUCAUCCACCAGCGCAUCCACACGGGCGAGAAGCCCUACCCGUGCCCGGACUGCGAGCGGCGCUUCUCCUCCUCUUCUCGCCUGGUCAGUCACCGGCGGGUGCACUCCGGAGAGCGUCCCUAUGCCUGCGAGCACUGCGAGGCCCGCUUCUCCCAGCGCAGCACGCUGCUUCAGCACCAGCUCUUGCACACGGGAGAGAAGCCCUACCCCUGCCCGGACUGCGGACGUGCCUUCCGGCGGAGCGGUUCCCUCGCCAUACACCGCAGCACGCACACCGAAGAGAAACUGCACGCGUGUGACGACUGUGGCCGCCGCUUCGCCUACCCCUCACUGCUGGCCAGUCACCGGCGCGUCCACUCGGGCGAGCGGCCCUAUGCUUGCGACCUGUGCUCCAAGCGGUUCGCCCAGUGGAGCCACCUGGCUCAGCACCAGCUCCUGCACACUGGGGAGAAGCCCUUCCCCUGCCUCGAGUGUGGCCGUUGCUUCCGCCAGAGGUGGUCUCUGGCCGUCCACAAGUGUAGCCCCAGGGUCCAGAACUGUAGCCCUAGAUCUGCUACAGGGGCGCCUAGCCAGAAAGGCAACAGGUUCCUGAACCGGAACGUGACGCGGGAGACCUAUGGCUUCCUGGGCGCGCUCGGUGAGGCCCGGCGGCCCAGCCAGGACCCAGUAAUCUGUGGGAAGCGGGGACUGAUGCGCCCAGAGGCAAUGGGCUGGAAGUGUGGAGCACUGAGCAAGCGCCCUCAGUUCUCCUCCCGGGUUCUCAGCCGAGCCCAGUGUUUUUCUUUCCGCACCAAGCACCUUCCUUCGCCGGCGGCUCCAGUCCAGAAAAUGAGCGAGCGGAACUGCCGGUGCAAGGAGUCGGGUCGGCUCCGCAGCUGUGCACCCAAGUGUAAACGUGGGCCGGAGACUGGCUUGCGAAUCCCGAUGCCGGGAGGCGCAGAGGGAGACCAUCGAGUUCUAAGUCCCGAGCUCCACAACCGCCGAGAUCGUUGGUGGGUUCCAGAUCCCGCCUACAGAGACUUCCGGGCGAGAACGCCCCGCCAGUCCCGCCUCGCGGCACAGCCGCUUCCUGCUGUCGCGGCCAAUCACCGGCGGCUGUGCAACGCGGCCAGCGGGAGUGCUGGAAGCCGCGGCUGCCAUGAAGUGACUAAACACCGAGGGUGUUUAUUUGUCCCCAUCAGAAUCCCGAAUACCAAACAGCCAACCCUGCUGCUUCGGUUCCCUCGGCUGAGUUCGGAGGCCAAGGCUGGGCGGGGCCCCGGGCUCGGGAGCCCUUCCUGUGGACGACGAGAGCCGAGGCCAGGCGCGGGGAGCAGGCGGCAGCUGCUCGGGGCUGGAGGCCUCAUGGCGCCGCCCCCGGCCCCGCUCCUGGUGCUGAGACCGGGGGAGACCGGGCCUGACUGCAAGAAGCCUGCGGCCGUGAGCUUCGCGGACGUGGCCGUGUACUUCUCCCUGGAGGAAUGGGGGUGUCUGCGGCCCGCGCAGAGGGCCCUGUACCGGGACGUGAUGCGGGAGACCUACGGCCACCUGGGCGCGCUCGGAUUCCCAGGCCCCAAACCAGCCCUCAUCUCUUGGAUGGAACAGGAGAGUGAGGCUUGGAGCCCCGCCGCCCAGGAUCCUGAGAAGGGGGAAAGCCUGGGAGGAGCUCUGAGAGGAGAUGCCCCAAACAAAAAGGAAGAGGAACCCGAGAAAGGGCCAGGAGCCAAAGAAUCCAAAAAGACUCCUGGUAAGGAGAGGCCUGAAGAGCUGGUUAAAAACAAUCUUGACUCAACCAUCAGCGAAACCUCGGCAAGAGCACAGCCACCCAGGAAAGCUGCCUGUGACCAGAGCACAGGUGCGCAGCCCCCGGUCCUGGUGCCCAGCGUAGAUGCUCAGGCCAGCCAGCGGCGCCAUGUGUGUGCAGACUGCGGCCGCCGCUUCACCUAUCCCUCGUUGCUGGUCAGCCACCGGCGCAUGCACUCGGGUGAGCGGCCCUUCCCCUGCCCCGAGUGUGGCAUGCGCUUCAAGAGGAAGUUUGCCGUGGAAGCACACCAGUGGAUCCACCGCUCCUGCUCUGGGGGCCGGCGAGGCCGGAGGCCUGGAAUCCGGGCUGUGCCUCGGGCCCCGGUCCGAGGUGACCGGGACCCGCCGGUGCUGUUCCGGCACUACCCGGACAUCUUUGAAGAGUGCGGGUGAGCGGCUCCCGCUGGCUGGGCUUGAGCCUGACCUCAGCGCUAAGGACUAACUGGGCCCUGAGGGAGGCUCCUGACUCAGGAAUUUGGGACCCAAAAUUCAUCCCUUGGUUUUCCCUCAAGGAUCCCUCUAGUUUCCAAACUUGUAAAAACAAAAGUGCCUCUAAAGAUUCAAAGAGAUUAAACUUGACACCUUCUCUCCCUAGUCUUUCUAAAAAAAUGAAGAGAGUGAGAUGCUGGACUUCUCUCAAAGUGUUAUCUCAGUAGCAGGUGCAACCACGAUCAUGUGCAAACACUGUCUCCAGAAAAAAUCCCCGCUGCUUAUCUGCAGCAGAGGUAAAUGCUAUGGUGGACUAUGGCCGAGGAGGAGGCCUCAGAUGUAGGGCAUGGUCUAGCCCCGGGUAACUGACACCAACAGGAGGCUCAGGCAGUGAAGUGGGUGGAAAGAAUACAGAAGCACCGGGUGCAGACCUAGUCUCUGCAACUUGCCCCCAAGGCAUAGCUGGUAAGUCACAUGUUUUCCCUGAGCCUUAGCUCCUUCAUCUGUAAAAUAAGGAUCAAUAAUAUCUACCUCAAAGGGUUACUGUGAAGACUGAAAUUGUAACAAGAUAAUA